AUGUUAGACGACCAACGAAAGAGAAGGAUAGAGCUCAAUGCCGGACCUACUGCACGCAAGAAACCUAUGCUUAACGCCUCGAGCUCAACCCCAUCCCCAAUCCUCGAUACUAACCAUCUCAACCCGGCCGAUCGAACUCUGGCCGAGCCGGCCAACCAUCUCAAUCAAUCGGUCGGCGAUGACGAUCUCCUCGAGAACUUUCGCAAAGAGGCUCUUUGGAGGCAAUUGCAGGAAUAUAAACGCGACCUGCAACGGGCUCAGGAGAGGAUCGAGGAAUCCGAGUCACAAAAGAGUGAUGUCGAAUCACGUUUAGCAGCGAUCGACAUAUGCUGGAACCAGUUAAUCGAAGAUGUCCGCGUCCUUUUUAAAGACUCCUGCACCAAUCUUGACAGCUCCACUCACGCCACCCUCAUGUCGCUCCCGUCUACACCCACAACCCUGGAUCGCGCACUUCACCAACGCUCAACCGCUUCAAAAGACCUCAUCAUUCACCUGAUCUCACUCGCAUCCUCCUCAUCAGUGGCUUCGCCUGAUCUCGAAGAAAUCAGAGCGCGCUGUCGGCGUCUCACUGCCGAAUCGGCCUCGAGCAGGGCUGCGCUAGGAUUGGCUGAGAGUAAACUCAAACAGCUACAGGAUCAGCUUGAUGCUGCCCAAGAAGCAACCAGACGAGCUGAGAAGAAGCUCGACCGGGAACGUAGUCGAACCGUGAAAGAAUUAGAUGCCCAAGGUCAAGGCGGAUCUACAUCUCAGCCCCCCAAGAGUGAAAGCCGAUUACCCGCUGAUGAUUCUCCCAAACCUCCUGCGGAGCAAAAUGGCAAUGGAACUCAUACUGUCAAACCUUCCAGUCUGCCUGUGUGUAACGGUACUGAUUCGACCGAUCACGAUUCUUCAAAAGAACUUGACAACGCUCGCUCGCGAGAACUGGAAACACUUAAGGAGCAGCUUCUACAGCGGGCCCAUGAAAUCGAUAUACUGAAUUGGAAGAUGAUUAAUUUGCCAGAUGAGAUUGUACGAAAUACCCCCGCUUUUACCCGCCUGAAAGCGGAAGUCGCGCACGCAACGUUAGAACUUGAACGUGUCCGGACCCUGUUAGAGGCUACUCAGAAGGAAGCUGAUGAUCUUAGGGAACGUCAGGAGGAAUUCCGAACCAAGGUUGUGACUGAGAUGACGAAGCGUGUGGAGGACAUGGAGAAAAAACUGGCCAGCAAAGAUGCUGAUGUUACCCGAAUCCGAGCAACACGCGAGGAAGCGCGGUCCGAGCUACACGAACUCAAGUCGCGCGAUGUUGAGAAAAUGAAGCAAGUGGCCCAAAUAAGAACGCUGGCCAACAGUCGUCAGGACCGCAUCAACGCCUUGUCUUCUGAAGUUCGUCGGCUGAAGAUGCGUCUUGCUGCUGAUGUUGGGGAUCGCAACACGGUUGACUUCCUAGCAACGAAUGAAGAGGUUGAUGUUGCCAAAGCCCUCCAGGAGCGAUUAAAGAUAGCCGAGGAAACCAUCACAAGCCUUCGCGCUCAAAUAGAACAACUUGCGCAAGAUUCAAAAUCGGAAGAUUCAGCACCCCUCAUCCGUUCUGAAGCCGAGGCCCGUCAAGACCUGGUAGUUGCUCGGCAGCGUGUAGAAUCGAUAGACCGACUGCUGGGACCUGAUGGUAAUUCAGAAAUUUCGGAAAUAACUAAAAGGCUUCAAGCGGAAGUUGAUCGUCAACAGGUUCUCGAGGCCAAACUAGCUGCUCAAGAAGCGUCAGCUUCAAUGUUGUAUACCGAAGUCGAUCGACUUUCUACUGCUUGGGCCGUGUUGGAUGAACAAAACCGCGACAAGGUCUUUAAACUGGCCGAGCACGACGAAAAAGUACUCAAAGCAGUUCAUGAGAAAGCCAAAGCUGAUAAUCGAUAUUUCAGUGCCAUGCGCGCGAACGAGACGUUGAAGUCCCAGACUGCUGUGUUGGAAAAAAUGGCUGAAAAGCAAACUGUGACGAUUUCGAAAAUAUCAGACGAGCUCCGGGCAGUUUCCGCUAGAUUGACCUCUGCUGAGAAAGAAAUUACAAUCCAUCAAAAAAUGGCCGAAGCUCACAAAACAAAGACGACGGAAUUGUCGAUUGAAAAUGCGGACCUCAUCACGCGGUGCUCACAACACGACCAGAAGGUGAUCGAACUAUCAGCUCUUCUACGCGAUCGUACGGCGCAAGCUGAAACCGAAGCUUCAGCUCGCAGGACUGCUGAAGAGAGUGUCAUGAAUCUCGAAAAAGAGAUCCAACGAUCAAAAUUGACAGGCUCAAAUGGACGCGGCGGGCUGGAACCGGCAGAGGUCGCUGAACUCCGGAGUUUCAAUGACGAUUUAACCAAAAUGCUGAAAUGUAAUUCGUGCAAGCAGAGGUUCAAAUCGCACGUGAUCACGAGAUGUAUGCAUUUGUUUUGUGGUGCUUGUCUAGAAGCCCGGUUAGAAACCCGACAGAGAAAAUGCCCGACGUGCAGUAUUGCUUUUGGUACCAAUGAUGUUUCGGCUGUGUAUUUUUAA